AUGAAUCAUUUACAACCUAGUAGUUCAUCACCAAUCAAUAAAGAAGUAAAUGUGUCAUCUUCGUUAUUCAAUACAGUUUUAAAUAUAUCACCAAUCAACAAAUCAGAAACAUUAUCUACAAAAGACCAAACACAAUACGAAGAAUAUCCAAAUUUAUGCAUAUCAGAUUCACCGGCGAAGAAUAGUACAGAAGAAAUUGAUUUAUGCGGUAGAAGAAUUGUAAAUAUAUUAAAUUUAUUCGAGGAAAUUAAAAAUAUUGACAACCAUGAACCAUUUGACUGUAGUUUUAAAAAUAUGAUUGUCAUUGGUGAGAAACGAAUUGGUUUUAAAUCGAUUUUCACGUUUAAGUGCAGUAUGUGUAAAAUUAAAAAGACCGUGAGUACUGAAAACAAUAUAUUUAUGCCAAUUAAUACAUCAGCAGUCAUUGGAGUCCUGAACAUUGGACGUGGUUAUAGUCAGCUUCAAGAGUUCAUGAGUGCAAUGGAAGUACCAACUAUUCAUAUAAAGACAUACCAAUAUAAUUUUCAAAUUGUAUAG